UCCAUGUAUUUUUCCCAAGGCUGCACGUGAUGUGGUGUGUAGUGGCCAGCUGCUGGUCGGUAGUGACGUGCGUUAGGUUAGACUGGUGAGAUGUUAGCCUAGGACAGUAAAAGGAUACACCUAGUUUUUAGACGGGAUAUUUUGCUAGUCCUGUAUCAAUAUUGUUGGUCCUGUAUCAACAUCGGUGGGCCUGUGUCACCAUUAUUAGCCCUGGAUCAUCAUCGUUAGGCCUGUAUCUAUAGUGUUGGUCGUUGAUCCUGUAUCAACAUCAGUGUGCUUGUAUCAACAUUAUCAGCCCUGGAUCAACCUCGUUAGGCCUGUAUCAACAUUGUUUUCUCUGCAUCAACUUGUAAUGUUGGUUUUGGAUUACCGUAUUUGAUCCUGUAUCAACACUAUUGGUCAACUAUCAACUUUGUAAGGACUGUAUCAACUUUCUAAGGCCUGUAUCAACAUCGUUAGGCAUCUGUCUACAUCGUUUGGCCUAUAUCAAUAUCGAAAAUCUGGAUCAACUCUAGGCCUGUUCCGGCGUUAGGCACUUGUCUACAUUGUUUACCAAUGUAGGCCUAUUUCAACUUUUCGCCUGUAACAUUUUGCGUACAGUUCUUGACCCAUAUAAAGAUGAAUAGAUAAAACUAUUAAAACAACAGCGAAUGUUUGUUACUGUGGAAGAUUAUGUCACGUCAAGAGACAGCUGGCAAUGACCAAACCAACCAAAUGACACUUGGAGAAAGUGAGAGCCACGUGACAGGUGAGUUGUCUGAAGCUCCGCCCCCUGCCACCAGAACCAUGAUCCACCCCUGCGUUGACCCUCCACUGUGUGAGAACUGCACUCGCCUGGAGUUAUCCUUCUUUGAUCCCCUCUGCCCAGGAUGCAGAAAUAUCCUGCUCAACCCCUCCACUUCAAUUCCUGAAAUAUUUGCCAUACUGCGUCAAUGGACACCACAAACACAGCAAUCAUUGGAGCUUUUAGUAGAUGAGAUACUCAAGAGAGGGGCCAACAUCAACGACAGGGACGGCCUGACAGACAUGACGUUGCUACACUAUGCCAGUAAGUCUGGGGCCGCAGGGAUUGGUGACCCAGACGCUGCCAUGAGAAUUGUCUCGAUGCUGAUUGACGCAGGGGCUGAUGUCAACAUCCGCUGCAGGUGGACAAAUAUGACAGCCCUGCACUAUGCAGCUUACUUCGAUGUUGUACCUGUGCUGAAGCUUUUGUUAAAAGCUACUAAAGCUUUAGACAUUGACAGUACGUGCUCAGAGUUUGAGCAUGGAACAGCUUUACAUAUAGCAGCCUCUAACCUCGCUCAUGAGGCCUGUAAAAUCCUCUUACAGAAUGGAGCAAACCCUUCUCUGAAAGACGAUCUUGGCAGAAUGCCAGUGGAUUGUGUACCUGACCCAGCAUCCUUUGAUGAAGAUUCCAACAUGCAGCAUCUUGUGGCCAAGGUGAGAAAGACGUUGAGUGAAGCCACUCCUCCCGCAAUGAAAACACCACCAAACUACGACCUCGUCCAUAGCAAAGUAACUCUGCAGGCGCUUGGGCUAAGCCUCGGAGACAAAAUCCUUGUUGGAGGAAUGAAGAAUGGUAUACUCAGGUACUGUGGCCCAGCUGAGUUUGCCUCAGGUGUGUGGGCAGGUGUUGAACUGGAUGAACCUGCAGGAAAGAACAAUGGCACUGUUGGAGGGGUCAGCUACUUCACGUGUCCAAAUAAUUAUGGAAUCUUUGCACCAAUCAGUAAAAUCUCCAAGCUUGGCAUGAUCUCAAGGUCAAGGACACCUCCUGCACCCAAAAGGCUUUUCUCAAAGGAGUUGCCUAAUGUAGAUGUGUCGAGGGUCAGUGCCAAAGUAGAUACAGGCCUCAGCAAACAUGCAGACUCCGAUAUUGUUGAGUGUAAUGACAGAGUGGUUGUAGCCGGGCAAAGAAAAGGGACUGUCAAGUUUAUUGGUGAAACUCAGUUUGCGCCUGGCAUUUGGUAUGGCGUUGAGCUGGACAGACCUGUAGGAAAAAAUGACGGCUCAGUUAACGAUGUCAGGUACUUCAACUGUAAAACAAAACAUGGAGUCUUCGCACCCCUCACAAGAAUACAGAAACUAGGAGACAAGCGCUUCAGUUCUAGUGAAUCCCUGGACACAAUCAGCUGGGGGGCUGUCUCUGAAAAGGUGGACAGGAAGUUUUCUGGGGCACCUCUCUCAGCAGGCCGUAACCAAACACCUACCCGCCCGUCACCCAGGCCGCAAAGUGUUGGUUUAUCUCGAACACCAGGCCAGAGUACAGGCCCUGUUUUAGAACUUGGAGCUAUGGUGUUGUGCAAUAAUGAAUUAGGGAUAGUGCGAUACAUGGGUCCAACAGAUUUUGGAGAAGGGACCUGGCUGGGGGUGGAGCUGAGGAAACCUAAAGGCAAAAAUGACGGCAGCGUUCAGGGCAAGCGUUACUUCACCUGUCCACCCAACUGUGGCUUGAUUGUCAAACCUAGUCGGGUCACGUUAAGAGGCAUCAAUGGGGCUAAAAUUUUAGCAGAGCAGAAUGCACACACCAUAUCAAGAACAAGGUAUAAUGAGAGUUUAUCAUGGAGCAGGUCAAGUAGUAGGGAAGGUUCAAUUAUAAAUGGUAAUGACAGCAUCGACAAAUAACAACUUGUUACUUCUGUAAUUACAAAUUAGCAUUUUUAUGGCUCCAUCAUUUCAUACAUUUUGUUCAACUGCUGGUCAUCAUGUUGAAGCUUAUAUUUCUAGAAUGUCUGACUUACAGAUACACAUGAUUAGUUGUAUUAAACAGUGCAUUUCAAAUGUAAAGUUAAAGGCUUUGAAGUAAUUUGAGGGUCUUUAUUUUAAAAUAGUCUUUAAGCUGGUUCAUUGUCUUCUUCUUGUUGAAUUAAGUUUUAGUUGAUUGUAGUUUGUUUACAUAGGUAAAUUUAAGUCAAUGGAUUCUUUCCCUUGUUUAAAGUUAGAGAAGUUAUUCUUUAAAAAAUCAGUUGAAUGUAAUUGAAAUAUUUAGCUGACUAUAUUUAUAUACAGAGCUCAUUUAUACACAUCACUUCUAUUUGCUUUUAAAUUCAUGUAUCAGAAAAUAUGUACAAUCAAUUCAAUGUCAUUAACAAUAAGUUUUAUGACAGACUGGCCAAUAAACCUAUGAUCUCAUUAUUCCACUCAAUGUUAUUUAAACACAAACUAGUUUUAUAAUAAUCUUUAAACAUUAAAUAUUCAUUGAUCUUUUUGCAAGAUAAAACUUUCGAAAUUUGCACCAAUAAUUUGGAUUGUUUGGCAAAAUGUAAUCAACCUAAACAUCGAAAGCCACUAAAUUUUUGCCUAGACCAACAUAUGAAAACUUGCUAACAGCCCUUGUGAUUAUUACAGCUGAAGUAAUUGAUGUGCUUGACACUGCUUGCAAUUUGUUACUGCUGUUUUACAAAUUGAACAUUCAUUAGCAAAAGUAUAAGACUCUUAUAUUGUGUGUGCUAUUUUUAAGUAACAAGUUAUUUAAUUUAAAAUAUACUAGCAAUUUAAAUAAACUAGCAGUUUAUUUACGUUUAUACUUUGAUGCACAAUUAUAUUUUCAUUUGCAAUAAGACAUUAAAAAUAUGUAAACAAUUUUCCCCAUUUCUACUACAUUUCUAUUUUUGGAUUGACCUUGAUUUUUUGCUAUUCAACCCAAUUUCUUUUUAAUUUUGUUUCACUCAUUCUACUAUAUUAAAAAGUAUUACAAAAAACUUUUAUCAAUACCUUUCUGAUGACUUACUGAGAAAAGUCUUCACUCUCUUAUUAUUGUUACAAAGUGAGAUAUUAUUUUAAUGUUUUUAAGAGAAUACCUCUAUAUCUGUAAGAGUAAUCCAGAUACCUAAUAGUGCCUUGCUAACUAUUUUGUCUUUGGAACAUGUGAUAUUUAUUAGGAUCUAAUGAAAUCUAUUAGUAACUGAACUGCCAUUUACAAACUAACAAUGAUACCCAUGUUUUACUUUUACUUAGAUACAGACAGCAAUGAAUGUUCUUGUUAAAAAAGUUUAUAGAUAUUAUCA